AUGUCAUCGGCUUCUUCCCACGCUUCCGCCACUCCCCGUCCCCCUCCACUUCCUCCAGAUCUACAAGGUACCCCAAACAUCGACCGCAUGGCUUAUAGAGAGGCACUAGCCUCUGUGUCUCUUGCACUCGACAAGCUCGAGAAUCUCAACAUCCGGGACAUCUCGCGCUACCCCUCAUUCCGAGAAGGGACAUUCGGCCUCCUACCUUUCUACCACCGCAUUUAUACCCUCUACCAGCUGACCAGAGGUAUCGACACCACCCCCAAGGAGAACAUUAGCCUCCACCGGGAGCCCGACUUCCUCAAAUACAUCGCUGACACUGUCGCCGAAAUGCAGCAGCGGGAGGCUACCUCUGCCCCAGCCCCCACCACACCCCGGCCGCGUGUGGCCCAGCCGCCUUCGGCCCGGCCCACCCACGCUCCCAAUUCCUCCGGCCCGGCUCUUAAGGCCUCUAAGGCC